UUUUACUCAACUUGUUUUGGUCGAUUUCACUUAAUAAGGGAACUCGUUAGUCAGCCAGAUCUUUACAAUUUUCUACAGCAAUACUCGACAGAGUAGAAAUGGCAGAAUCCGACUGGGACUCAGUUACUUACCUACGAAAGAAAGCACCAAGAGCGGCAGAAUUGAAAUCUAAACAGGCUGUCUCACAAGCACAAAGACAUGGUGGCCAUGUGGAAACAUCGCAAAAAUAUGGUGCUGCUUCAAACAAGCAGCAUUCCGCAAACAAGGAUUCUGCUAAACUGGACCGAGAGACAGAGGAGCUACAUCAUGAAAAAGUUUCCCUUGAUGUUGGAAAACUCAUUCAGCAAUCAAGAAUGGAGAAGAAACUAACACAGAAGGACUUAGCAACAAAAAUCAAUGAGAAGCCUCAAGUCAUUAUGGACUACGAGUCUGGUAAAGCAAUUCCUAACAAUCAAGUGAUGGGUAAAAUUGAACGAGCAUUGGGUGUCAAGCUUCGUGGCAAAGAUAAAGGAAUGCCGUUAGUUUCUGGUGGCAAGGGGAAGAAAUGAUAUCUAAUGAAAAGGUCAAAUUAACCCUUUAUGAACUAAUUAUAAGGCUACAUUCAUGUUUGGACUAGAAACUAUUCUCAGGAAAGAGAAUAAAAGCUUCUAUGUGUAGUAAAGUUAGAGAAUUCCCAUAAAGGGUUUACUUAAUAUCAUUUCUCUCCUUGCCAGUGUUAAUGAUAAAAGAAAACAAAAACAAAAAAAAACAGAUGCAGUACUUGAAGACCAAAUGGAUACAAACUUAUGUCUGCUUAAGACUGCUGUUAAAAUUAUGCUUGGAAACCUCUCUUCCACGGCCAUUUGUGCCUUGGGGCUCUUUAUUAAAAAAAGAGGUUCACUAACUGAUUA